AAAUGUCAGGCACCCCUUCCACAGUUUGAGUGCACAUGCAUCGCAUCUUUUGUUUAUAUCGAUCAAACAAACGUAAGAAAAAUUUAAUAGAUAUAGAAAGAAUCCGAUUGUUUUGCUCAAAAAAGUCAACAUUUUCUUCUUAAAUACUGGUAAAAUACGCAUAUCAAUGGAUAAAAUUACACCGGAGGAAUUAUUAAAGCUACGCGCUAACUGCAUGGAGCGCCUACGCGCAGCUGAACUCUAUGAAUUGCGCAAUGAUGCCAAGCUGCGUGCGGUGAAUACCACACAAACUUAUGAAGAAUUCAAAGAUAUUGUGGAUGCGGCACAUUUGCAACCAGUAAGUAAACAGGAUAAAAUGAAUGCGAAGACGAAAAGUCGCUUGUGGAAUUCAGCGGCACGGGAGAAUUGAUAUUGUGUUCUUCUUAACAACCAAAUUUUGGGUUUACAUUAAAAAUAAUUAUAUAAGAAAUGUAUUUGUCAGAAUUGUCAUCAAAAACACACAAGUGUAAAAUAGGGUAUUGUUUGUUUUUGAUGAAGUUGUGUUAUAAGUGGGCAUACUGUUACCGGCAUCGAUAUAGCAAUACUUAGGACACUGGAGCAAGCAUUAACUUUAUACUUAGCACAGAUGUUAACUAAAUAGACUCAUGGUGAUAUUGUACGUACAUAUAUAUAUAUAUUAUAAUAUUAUUUAUUGUAUAUGUACAUAUACAUGCUUUUUAGGUAUACAAGUAUACAUAUAUUUCUAUGCGAUCGUACAUGUGUAGAUAAGGAUAUAAACAUAAAAUUUGAAGU